AUGGGUAUCUCCGCCUGGCUUCGGAGGAUCGAGUUGUCGAAUCAGUCUGAAUGGAUUAACGAAGACAUUCGACCUGUUCCCCGGGAACGACGCACAUGGACCUUUCUUGCAUUUCACAACUACUGGCUUCUGAUCAACUGCAGCAUUGCGUCGUACCUGACUGGAAGCGCCCUGGUGCCGCUUGGUCUGACCUGGUGGCAGGCCAUCAUUGCCAUUGUCGUGGGAAACAUCCUUGCUACCAUCGCUAUCCUGUUGAACUCUUUGCCGGGAGGAGAGUAUCAUCUCGGCUUCCCGAUCUUCAGUCGAGCUGUUUGGGGCAUCUGGGGUUCGCAGUUCACAGUAUGGAACCGUAUCUUCUUGUCUUUUGUCUGGUACGGUUUCCAGGCUUGGGUAGGCGGCUCCUGCAUCUAUCUCAUGCUACUCUCGUGGGUCCCCGAUCUUGAAGCAAGGAUUCCCAACACGAUCCCGGAGGGCACCGGCAUGACAACGGCACAAUUUGUCGGAUACAUCAUCUUCAGUGUCAUCAGUCUCCCGCUUCUUGUGAUAAAGAUCCAUCGCAUCCAGAACUUCUUCUACUUUGCCAGCUCAGUCACUUUCGUCUUCUUCGUCGUCCUUCUGAUCUGGGCCCUGGCUACAAUGGGCCCGGCGGGCUUUGGCUCGACUCUUGACUCCAAAACCGAGAUCCCCCUAACCGGUGGCCCCAAGAGCACGGCAUGGCUGAUGGUCUAUGGUGUCAUGAGUACGAUCGGGUCCAUCGCCGCCGGCAUUCUCAACCAGAACGACUUUGCCCGCUUCGCGAGGCGCAGAUCAGACGCCAUGUGGGGACAGGCCGUUGCCUUCCCUCUGUACGGCACCGCCUGCGCUGUGGUUGGCAUCCUCGUCACCGCUGCGACGCAGAACCGCCUGGGCGGCAACGCUGUCUGGAACCCACCCACGUUGUUCGCCAACCUGCUCGCGCUCGACCCCAGUCCCGGGACCCGCGCCGCCGUCUUCUUUGUCGGCCUCGCCCUCGUCAUUUCGCAGCUAGGCGCUAACAUCCCUGGCAAUGCCCUGCCUGGCGGUAUGGACCUUGCUACUGUGUUCCCCAAGUACAUCAACAUCCGGAGAGGCGCUUACAUCGUCGCUAUCUUGAGCCCUAUUGUCAAUCCCUGGAGGCUCGUCAACACCGCCACAACCUUCCUAGCGGUACUGUCGGGCUACAGUGUCUUCCUUGCCCCCAUGACUGGCCUGAUGUGUGCCCACUACCUGCUCGUCUGCUCGCGCAAGGUCAACGUCGACGGCUUGUACUGCAUGAAUAGUAGCAGCAUCUACUGGUACACCAAGGGUGUCAACUGGAGAGCCCCAGUCGCAUGGAUCGUUGGGUCUAUGCCCCUGUUACCAGGCUUCAUCGCCGCAGUUGACUUGACCGUGACAAUGCCCUAUGGAGUCACCGAGCUAUACUACUUGAACUACCUCUACGGCUUCCUUUCAUCGGGUGCCGUCUACGCGCUGCUCCACAUUGUUUUCCCUGAUGCCAGGCUGAAAAAUUUCGUCGAGACCUCUGGUACCCCCGACCAACUCCGUGCGCUGUACGAAGAGCGCUGGGAUAUUGUCUUGGCCGAGCACUCCAACCCUGAAGAUGGCUCUGAACUCGGCCCUAAUGUCCCAGAUGCCAAGGACCAGCGACCGGCGCCUGCCGUGACAGACUUUUAG